UGAUUGGUUGCUAUGGGCAACUCAGCAACUUUUCCUCUGGACAGGUUUUAGGAAAUCUCCCCCCAGUGUUUUCCUACACUCUUUUUUGUAUUUAGAGCUGGUGUAUGUGCACCAAAUGUAUCAACACUUGGAACAGCACAUACCAAAGGGGGAAAAGAUCACUUCAGUACACCUCUUUAGUUAAAAUGGCGUGAGUAGAGUCUGCUGACCUUUCCAAGCCGCCCUGCCCACGGCGUGUUAGGAGUAUGCUACUGAAGCGUAACAAGUUCCUGUACCACUACAAGAACCUUCGCUGGGCCCGAGGACGGCACGAGACUUACCUGUGUUACAUUGUCAAGCGCCGCUACAGCUCAGUCUCCUGCGCCAUGGAUUUCGGUUAUCUGCGCAAUCGGAGUAACUGCCAUGCCGAGAUCCUGUUCCUACGAUACCUGUCCCUCUGGCUGGGGCACGAUCCAAACAGGGCCUUCCGGGUCACCUGGUUCAGCUCGUGGAGCCCAUGCUGUGACUGCGCGAGGCGCACUGCUGAGUUUCUCCUUAAUCACCCUAACCUGACCCUCCGCAUCUUCAGCGCCAGACUGUACUUCUGUGAGGAGCGCAACGCCGAGCCGGAGGGUCUGCGGAAACUGCAGAAAGCAGGGGUAAGACUGGCGGUAAUGAGUUACAAAGACUACUUUUACUGUUGGAACACCUUUGUGGAGACCCGGGAACGAAGAUUUGAGGCUUGGGAUGGCUUGCACGAAAACUCAGUGAGACUCUCAAGGAAACUGAGGCGUAUCUUAGAGCCGCCCUAUGACAUGGAAGACUUACAUGAAGCAUUCGAUCUUCUGGGCCUAUAGGGGGUCAUAGCAAACCAGAUGUAACAGGAGCUAAAUCCAGGCCCAAGAGCUAGAAGGAGAAACGUCACCCAAAGUCAUCAUAAAACCCUCAUACAGAUGAAGUCCUAGGGGAUCAAUUAUCACUUCCAACAUCCUCUGAUCAGACAAUAACUGGUGUCACUGACGUCCUGAGGAUCAUCACAGGGCAGGAAAAUAACAAAAUUCAGGAACAAAAAGACAAUAUGCAAUACCACUUGUGACCACUAUGUGGGGCACUGAGACCUUUUUUCUAUUCUGUAACAUAGUAAUAUAAAAUUCAGUAUAAUGAAUAGAACUAUUUAUAACAUCUUAAUCAGGGGUCAAGUCCUGAGAAAAAAGGUAAGGGAACUCGCCCAAGAUUUCCACUCAAGGGCUGGUCCUGCAGGACUCCUGCUAAUGGGAAUGAGGAUCCUGAUGUGGAAAAAGUGCAGGAACUCAGUUCCCACACGUUCCUGCAGGACUUAAGCCCUGAUCCUAGUACAAUAUGCCAGGAUGGGGAAUUAUGUGCUAUUUAUCUGUGUCUAUAGAGAGAAAGUCCACUCACUUAGUAUUAUAGUAGUUAUAUUCUUGUAUAUAGGAGCAGUAUUAUAGUAGUUAUAUUCUUGUAUAUAGGAGCAGUAUUAUAGUAGUUAUAUUCUUGUAUA